UACCAAGCUGCUCUCACUGGCUCCAGACCAUUGUGGUUUCUCAGUUAUGAUAGAUCAGAAAACCUUCUGAUUCAGGGAAAGAGGAUGGGGGAGGGGGGCAGAAGUACCCUGUGUCUGGGCCUACCCACCCCGGAUUUAUAAAGUUUCUGUAGGAACAAUGGGAAGGAAAUAAGGGAGGCAGAUGUUCAAAUCUAUCACUUCCUCUUCUAUUCCUCUGAUGAGGGCAAAGGUUCUGCUCUUCCAACCAAGACCCAGAGUCAGGAAGAUCUCCUACGGACCGGGCUGCUCCUAAGAAGACAAGAGAGACAGAAGAGCCCAGAGUAACAUGGCACCUCAGACUGAAAGGGGCUUCAGGAAGCUAAGGAUCAUCCAAACUGUCCUGUCACUCUUGGUUCUUGCCUUGGCUACUGCUCUUAAAGUUGUGGUUAUUCUCUAUCUUCAAGGGAAAAAUGAUCAACUGGAGAGGGCCAAGGUCUCCAACACAGCUCUACAACUGCAAAACCAGAUCCUUAUUCAGAGAAUCUCAGAGCGUGACAUUGUUCAUGGUGAAAAUCUCUACUACUUCUCCUGUGGCAAACGGUCCUGGGAGGCGGCUGAGCAGUUCUGUGUGUCAAGGGGCUCCCACCUGACCUCAGUGACCUCGGUGGAAGAGCAGAAUUUUCUGUACAAAAAGGCCAAUGGUACCUAUUACUGGAUUGGACUGAGCAACCAAAAUGAUUCAGGCUGGCAGUGGACUGAUGGGACCCCAUACAAUGAAGCUAAAAGCAAAGAGUUCUGGGCCAUUGGGAAACCAAGCAGUGACAAUGACAACAACUGUGUCCAUUUCUGGGCAAACACACAAAAAUCGUGGAAUAAUUUCCUUUGCAUAUUUUCCUCCCAGUUUAUCUGUAAGUGGAGCUGUGAAUCAUCUGGGAUGUGCCGAAACAUAUAAACAUCUGACUCCUAAAAUGCCGCUGACCCCUAACUCAGAGCAGGGAGGCAGACGGCAAGCACUGGGCCACCACCUGGGCAUACGAUGGAGUUGAUGAGCACCAUUUUCCUUUCCAAUUUCAAGUUCUCCCAAAGGAACCUAGAAGACUAUGUCAUGGUCUGAUCAUUUGGGCCAGAAGAUAUCCCCACAACUUCAGGCUUCUCUCCUUGUCCUUCAGGAAUUGAGGAAUAAGAUUGAGGAGAGGAGCUUACUACUUAUUACUUACUACUUACUUACUACUGGUUCUGUUACCCUAAGAAGAACAAAUCCCAAGAUUCCUACACAUUGAUCUGGAAAUCAUAGGAUCCCAGGUCCCCUUAACUCUGAAAUACCCCCAUCAAGGCCUGUUUCUCCCCUUUUUGAGAGCUCAAAGCUUGGCUAGUUUUAUUUCCUACUGGAGAUCUAGAAAGAGGAAGGGACUCGGUUAGACUGAAAUGUUCAUAACAAUCAGAACUCUACUGAAAAAGGAGAAGUUAGGAAAGAUAGGAAGGGUAGUGUUAUAUAACAGAGAUAGACAGAUAGAUAGAUAGAUAGAUGAUGGAUAGAUGGA